UGUGCAAGCAGAAAGAUAUGAAACUCACGGUGUUGUGUGUGUUGGUAGCAGCCUACCUGGCUGCACCAUGUUCCUCGGAACCGUUCAUCAUGGAAUUGCCAGGAUAUGCAAAGGCCGUCAUGGGUGGUUAUGGAAACGCAAGCACGUCCUGGUACGAGCCUCGACGUCCGUUUUACUCCUUCCGUUAUUUCCAUUAUGCGGCGAAACCUACUUAUGAGACCCGAUUUCUGCCUCCGAUACCGUCAAACUACCCUUAUCCUGACGAUGAGAUUUACAACUCCAUCGACUUGCCACCAGGAUGUGCCCAGGGAAAUGAUAAUGCAUUAGAAGACUGUCUUAUACUUAGUGUGUACACCCCACAUUUUCCAGGGAACGCUUCUGAUCCUUCUACUACAUUUAACAAACUGCUGCCUGUCAUGGUUUGGAUACACGGCGGAACAUUCGUAACUGGUCAAAGCGCCCUUUACGAGCCAAACACUUUUAUGGCACAUGACGUCGUCGUUGUUGUAAUCCAAUAUCGACUUGGUGCACUCGGAUUCCUUACGCUUGACACGGAGGAAAUACCGGGAAAUGCAGGAAUGGCCGAUCAAGUUGAGGCUUUGCGUUGGAUUCAAAAAUUUAUUAAAUACUUCGGCGGUGACAAAGACUGUGUAACCAUUGUUGGUGAAAGCGCCGGGGCAGCAAGUGUAGGAUUUCUUCUCCUAUGUCCUCAAGCCCGAGAAGAACGACUUUUCCACAACGCCAUUGCUGAAUCAGGCUCUAUGUUGACGGAAUGGGCCCUUGAUCGUAAUACGACUAAGCAUGGAUAUCGAAUUGCAGAGCUGGCUGGAUGCCCUCUACAACCCUAUGCCGAUUUACUCCACUGCUUGCGAAGCAUAGAUGCCAUAGCCUUGCGAAACGCCCAAAAAGCAUUUUCGAAAGAAGAUCAGAAAAAUGGUAACAUGGGGUUCGGAGGCCAAUCUCCUAUUAUGCAAACUGCGGGAAAAGUCCGCUAUUUGACCGAGGAACCAAAAACGUUGAUUGAACGAGGAGAAUACAUGACGGACGUGAACAUUUUGUUCGGUGCUAAUGAAGGCGAAGGCAUUAUGGCUUUCGAUAUUAUUUACCGUGGCUACAUUAAACCGAAUAAUCUUUUUGACAACGAGACCUUCUGGAAGUACGACAGCGUCAGAGCUAUUCUUGGCGCUUUAGGGAUUCGUGACGACACAAGUGCGUUGUCGGAUGCUCUCAUCACCAAAUACUUAGGUUAUGCCGUUGAUUCUUGUCAGAUGGGUAAUCUGACCGUCAUGCUUCCCGGUUUAAUCGACAUUACUGGCACUUUGUUCUUGAAAGCUGGUGGUUGGCAAACGGUAUUAAAACACACCACAUUCAAUCCUCACGCUUAUUGGUACUCGUUUGAUUUCCUAAGUAAAGUCAGCAUUAUUGGCGCUAGUGAUUUCCUUCCUCGAGGUGUGAUGCACGCGGAUGAAAUUAUGUAUCUAUUCACUAUGCCGAUCCCGCACAACGAAACGGAAAAAGAACUUGGAAAGAAAAUGAUUGAGCUUUGGACGACUUUCGCUACCUACGGGCAAGCAACACCGGACGGAGUGACGAUGAGGGAAGGCAUUCCGAAAUGGCCUCCCUACACCCACGAAAAGAAAGAAUUUAUGGCCAUCAAUAAAUACUGGAGUGUCAAAAACGAUUACACUUUGUACUACACCGUGACUGUGGACAAGGCAGCACCAAGAAUUGUAAGUCAAAGCGCUGCACAGGGAUGCGCUGACGAGUAUUGGGCAUCGAAGAGAGAGCUACAUCAUCGACAUGAUUAAGCUGGAUUAACUGCUAUUUUCUCAACAGAAAAGUAGUUGUGCGAGUUGUCUUGAGCUUUAGCUUAAUGCUGCAAGUCCUGCUAAUACUACGUUGAUUUCAAAUAGCUAAAUAAAGCGUGUU